AUGCCUAUUCCAUUGCCAACUAAUGGCCAUUCUAAUGAAGGUGAUAGCACUGAUCCCGUAAAUCUAGAUCAGAUACAGGUAGUACAAAAUUACAUUUCUCCCGAAGUUAAUUCAAAUAUCUCUGAACAGAUAGUCAAUACAUCUUUUGAUAAUGCGCCAAAUUCUGAAGAUAAGGAGAUCAAUGAUUUUCUGGAUCAAAAAGUAAAAGAAAAAGUUAGUAAUAUGAUGAGAGAUAUAAACAGGGAAAAGAAACUGUUGCGAAGUAAGGAAGAUCCCACUUCUCGAACUCAAGAGGCACUCCUAUCUUCUCAGGAUACUCCUUCCAUUGAAUCAGAGCAAAUGCCUAUUGAUCAGAAUAUUUCAGAAGCACCUAUUAAUCAGACACAAGGUAUCAUUUCUUCUGAAAUAAUGGGAGCUAGUACAACGGUGCUAAAAAUUCCAUAUAAUCAAAAAGUAGAACAAGGCUUAACACAUGAAUUAUCUGUUUGUGCCGAAGACAAUGAUAUCGAAAAUAAUGCAAUACAUGGAUUUUCAUCCGAUAAACCAUUUAAUACUCAAAUUCCUGGAUUAUCUUUAGAAAUAAUUCUAACAGAGUCUAAAUUGGGAAUAUUAGGUCUAGAAAAAAUUGACGACAGAUCUGCAAGGACAUCGGUAUAUAAUGAAAUCAAAUCACUUCUACCCGACAUUACUGAUAAUGCACACAUGAUUGAACCAUUUAUCUCAAACGAUUCAGAAAAAUUACCAGAAACUGAGUAG